AUUCAAUUUCAUUUUGUUCGGUUCGGUUCUCACUCGUUGCAAACGCGUCCAGUCUCAAAAAUGUUGCUGACAAUGAGGCGACAGAAUGAAGUGAUAAGCAGCCAGCAGCAUUCCACGACAACAACCUCAGCCACGCCUUCCCCGCCCACGGCUAAUCAAUCUGCUACUCCCGGCUUGAGCCUGGGGCCCACUAAUUCAACCAUUACACAGGAUUCUUUAAACACGCCGACAACGCCGCUUAGUCGGAAUCCAUUGCAAUCCUUUGCAGCACCACCUGCACCACCGCCCAUUGCAGUGCCCACCACAACGCCCGCUUUUGGCUACUACAAUAGCAACGCGCCAGGUACAGCCGCCUCGCCAGCCCUCAGCUAUUUACACCAUCAGCCAGCUGCUGGCAAAGAUUCCGCCGGCCAUUCCGUGGAGCUUGACGAGUACGUGGAUAUAUUGCAAGUGCAACAAUUGCUGUUGGACUCAUCUGCAGCAGCAGCAGCGACUGCUAAUCCUGUCCACGAAAACCAGCAUCCGCAGCAGCAUCUGCAUCAGCAACAACAACUAAGUCAGCAGCAGCUCGCCAAGCCGCGACCGCGCAUCAAUUUACAGAAGGCAUCGGAAUAUGCCGCUCAAUUAGCGCAGGCUGAGACAACCUCGCCUGCUUCGCGUCGCGUUCUGCUCGACUAUCCGAGUCCCUAUUUAUACGGCAAUCAUUAUCAUCACACGCCGCCAAGCGAGGACCUCGUGGCCCUUUGGUUUGGUAGCAAUGGAACAGGCGGCGUAGCCCCUGGAACUCCAUCAGCGGCCAUGAUCAUGGAAGGGCUUGAAACCCUGGUGGCGCCCACGCAUCACGCAUUCCUGCUCACCGAAACAGCCGCCGCGGCCCAUUUCAAUGUGCUGAGCUUCGACACGUGCCUGUUCAAGACCAGCACGGCGCAGAGCGGCAGCCCCUCGGCCAGUUACCUGGGCGCCGCACAGUUCGGUGCGGCCAGCAGCAGCAACAGCUCAUCCGCCGUUGCCAGCAGCAGCAGUGGCCAAACUCUGCUGCACUACACGACAGCGGUCAGUCACAAUCACAACAACAGUAGCAACAACAACUCGGUGCUGCGGGCACGCAAUCAGACAGCCACACCCACACAGGGCGGCAGUCCAGGCAACGUGGCAGCGCAGCCGAUUGCCGGCAGCGCAGCAGCCGCAAGCAGCGGACGCAGCUCGGCGUCGCACCUGAGCCUGUUGAAUACCAGCCAACAGAGUCCCGUAACAGCCACGGAGCACGGCGUGGCCGUGGAGGCGAAACAGCUGAUUGAGGCUCUGCCCGGCGAUCUCAACACGCCGGUAACCACAUCAAGCGAUAUUCCCUCGUUCUUUGGCCCAUCCACAGUGGUUGAACCACCGCCAAUAACUGGCUCAAUUGCAUCCGAAGAUCUGUCGCUGGAGCCGCAGGUUGUCUCCGCUUCCAGUCCCGUGUUGUCCUCUUGCAGCCCAUUGAAGGAGGAGCGCAGCACGCCCCCCGCGUUGACCAUUGUCAAGGAAGAAUCAAGUAAUAAUAGUUGUAACAUGUACCCACUACACAACAACAACAACAACAACAACAGCCACCACACUUCAUCAACAACAACAUCAACAACAGCAACGACAACAGCCAUAGCCACAGCAAAGCAAACAGCAUGCGAUACUAGCAACACUGAGAGCGUUCGCUCGCCCGCAGCAACAACCACAACAGCAGCUGGCACCAGCGGCAACACACACUCACAACAACAACAGCUGCAGCACAACAGCAACAACAAUAACAAUAGCCACUGUCAACACAGUCACCAACAACAACAACAACAACAACAACAACAUCAGCAGCAUAUGAGCUCGCCACAACACCAACAACAAUACCAACUCCAACAACAACACCAAAUACUACACCAACAACAACAGCAACAAUUGCCACAUCAUCACCAUCAUCAUCAUCACCAUCAUCACAAUCACCAUCAACACCAACAGCAACAUCAGCAACACCAACAACAGCAGCAGCAACAGCAACAACAACACCAACAGCAACAACAACAACAGCAACACUACCAACAACAUGCACUACAACAACAAUCACAACAACUGCCUGGUAAAAUCUCAUAUCGUGCCGUUUUCACCACGACAGGCAACACCAACAACUGCAUGCAGCAGCAGCAACACCAGCAGCAGCAGCAACACCAACAACAAUUGGCGUCUCCACAGCUGAGCGUGCUGCCCGGUCAGAUGUCGCCGCCGUCAAAUAGCCUGGGCAACAGCUGGGGCCUGCCCAGUCCGGACAAGUCGCUCUUCCAGCCGCCAAUGUUCAGUCUGCCCGCCCACUACGCCCUGCAGCAGCAGCAGCAACAGCAGCACCAACAACAGCAAGCAACCGCCGCCACGCCAUCGCCCUACGACGACGGACGCACCGCAGUGACUGCUGCACAGCACGCCGAGCUAUUGGGUCUGAGCAUGGACUGCACGCCCUUGAAGCAGACAUCGAUUUACACGGGCGCCACAGUAUCAACUGCUAACUUUGCGGGCCUCGCCGAGCUGCACAGCAGCCACGAGCAAUUGCAACAGCAGCAGCAACAAUAUGCGGUACGCUCACAGCUCUCCGUGGGCACGCCCAAAUACCAGUGGCUGGAUACGCCCGCUGACUAUGUGGCGGCCGCUGCAGUUGUCCAGCAGCAACAGCAACAACAGCAGCAGCAGCAGCAAACCCUGGUGCUGCCUGGGCCCACCUCGUCGGCCAGCUCGAGCAAUGCAGCGCUCGGCGUGCUCAUACCCAAGCAGGAGACCUACACGGAUAUGCAGCCCAACUCAAAUGGCACAGGGUACUCGAGCGCCUCGGCUGCUGCAGCUGCCGCAGCUGCGGCUGCCGUGCAACUAGCCGAAUACAGUCCAUCCACCAGCAAGGGGCACGAGAUACUGUCGCAAGUGUACCAGCAGAGCAGCGUGCCAUUGAAGCUGGUGCCCGUCAAGCCGCGCAAGUAUCCCAAUCGGCCGAGCAAGACGCCCGUGCAUGAGCGUCCGUAUGCGUGCCCCGUGGAGAAUUGCGACAGGCGCUUCUCCCGCUCGGACGAGCUCACCCGCCACAUACGCAUACACACGGGGCAGAAGCCAUUCCAGUGUCGUAUCUGCAUGCGCAGCUUCAGCCGCAGCGAUCAUCUGACCACCCACAUACGCACCCACACAGGCGAAAAGCCGUUCAGCUGUGACAUUUGCGGACGCAAAUUCGCGCGCUCCGAUGAGAAGAAGCGCCAUGCCAAGGUGCAUCUAAAGCAGCGUAUCAAGAAGGAAUCCAAGCUAAGUCGAGAGCAACAUCAGCAGCAGCAGCAGCAGCAGCAGCAGCAACAGCAACAGCAGCAACAGGCUGCAGCGGCAGCCGCAGCCGCACAGCAACAGCAAUUGCAACAGCAUCACCAACAGCAACACCAGCAAUAUCAGCACCAUCAUCUGCUGCACGCUGCCGAUUUGGCCAACGUGACCUCCAGUGCGACCAGCAUGUAGGCCACAGAGAACUCAACGUCUUCGAUUGAUUUCAGCAUCGAGCGACGACGGCCGACGGACUUUGAGGAGUUGGGCAUCGAUCUCAGCCUAGCCAUCGAUAUCGAUGAAAGUCCCCAGUCAUUUGACCUCACCUUGACAUCCGACUAUGAGACACUGUCCCCGCUGACCAGCUCGCUCGAGUUCAACUAUGUGCUGGAUAGUCAGGACUCGAGCGAGUUGCUACUGUUCAGUCAGGACUCGUACAGCCAAGGCCUUUAAACUGCAACAAAAUACAAUAAAAGUUCAAUAUCUUUCGACUACCUAUCUCACGCAGGAAUCAAUCGCUGAUGCUGAAUUUAAGCAACAAAAAUAAAAAACAAAAAUGCAAAAAAAAUAGCAAACAGAAAAAUGAGAAGAAAAAAAACAAUUAGCUAAAUAGUUACAAAAGUUGUAGACGUAAUUUUUGGGUUGUGCUAGCAGCAAAAUCUACGCAAGACAUAUAUGUUAAACAUAGCCUAAAUAUAAUAUAAACAAUUAAACUCGAGCGUCGUCAAGCAGCCACACUAAACAGAACAAAAUAAAAACAAUAACAAAUGCAAAACAAAAAAAAAACAA